AUGAGCCAUCCCGACCCUACCAAACAAUUUCCUCCGCUGGCGGCUGGCCCGUCAUCGCGCAUAUACAAUGGACAGUCAUCGGUGGUUUGCUCCGGGGAUGGGACGUCCCCCUGCAAUCCCUGCAAAACCGCCGGUACCGCAAGCGAAUGCCGCUUCGACCCAACCCGAGAUCUCAGGCGUAAGAUCGCCGUGAAGAAGACCAUCCAAGAGCUCACCGAUUAUAAAGGCCUCUUAAACACUCUGUUGACCACGAUCCGAUUGUCUCCGCAAGAUAAAGUGUCGAAGAUCGUCGAAUUGAUCAAGAACAAUGGGUCAAUGCAAGAGAUUGCUCAGGCCGUGGGCAGCGACGCCACCUUCCCUGACUCCAGCCAGAAAGCUCGAGAGUAUCAGGCUCUAGGGGAGGAUUUGAAUCAUGCCGACUCGUUAAACGAGGCAUCCGCAUCGAUAUCUCAGAGCGAAGCAGCGCCAAGUCGAUCGUCAACCUCGCCAGAAGAAGAACACCAUAUUGAAUUCCCUCGAGCGGCACUUCAUCCAUAUGCCCGGGUGACUUUGGAAAGUCUCUGUGAUAUCCCCCUUUUCAGGGUACCAGCAAAGCCAUGGACAGGUGUGACCGAUGACAACGAUCUUGUGUCGCAUCUGGUUUCCCUAUACUUCACUUGGGACCAUCCAUGCGCGCAGUUUGUUGAUCAAGGUAUCUUUUUGGAACAUAUGAAGCGGGGCGACCUUUCCUCUGAAUUUUGUUCGCCUCUCUUGGUGUAUUCUGACAGUCCUGGCGUUUUCGCGGAACCAGGAAACGCAUUCUCUUGGGGACAAGGCUUUUUCGAGGAAGCGGAGCGAUUGUUGAAGCCCCAAGAGGGGCUUGCAACGUUGACAAAUAUUCAGGCUCUCCUGACAAUGUGUUGUGUGUUGUCGCAACAGGGAAAGAGUAGUCGAGCCUGGUGGAUCUUGCGAGGGGCCGUUCAAAUGGCUCAGGAUAUGGGCCUAUUCACGUUCCCCGAAGUGGCGCAUCCAUCCACAGAGGCCAUAUCACCCGAGAUGGAGCGAGUUCGUGCGAUUACAGCUUGGGGCGUUUUCAGCUUGAAUCUGUGUGUGAAAUUCGACCAGACCGAAAAGAAAGGAAAUGCCACUAAUGUUUUCAAUAGCCAGCUCUCGAUGAAGCUCCACAAGGUAGCCAACUUGGCUCGACCUGCCUCCAGAUUGAAUAUGGGAGGUGAUGAUGACUUUGAUUGGACGCCAUAUCCGAGGUCAAAUCAAACCAAUUACACCACGAAGCCCGCGCAUCUGCCUCGAGUCAGACAGGGUCUCGGUGAGCUGAUGGAUAUAUUGUUUGAUAUUCAAGAACUAUUGCAUAAUAAGGCGUUUCGUGGGAGUUUCCACGAGUCAUGGGUCAAGGCCAAGGCUCCUUAUGAACGAUUGCAGCAGUGGCUGUCAGGGUGGCCCAGUCCGUCCCAGAUCGGACCAGAGCCAAUUCCCCAACUCCUUAUUCUCCGCAUCAAAUACCUCCAAGCGGUCAUGGAUCUGCUCGAGACACUGAUUGAUCGAGAUCAAGAAGGCGCCAUGACCCCUCAUUUACGGCGAACUUGGCGUGAACAAGCUGAAGAGAUGGCCGAAUGUCUUCGUGUGCAUCGCCAGUCGUAUGGGUUGAAACACGUUCCCAGCCAAGUUAUUGACGCCGUUCAGACGGCCCUCCGUGUCCUGGUGCAUCAGCUGGAUGACACCGACGACGCGAGGAAUGCUUUCACUGAGCUCUGCCGGUUCGGUAUUGCGCUCAGCCAUAAGUUCCAGCCUACGGCUGAGACUGUUCACGCCAUUCAGUUGCUAGCACAACGUGGUGCCGUGAGGCUGCCUACAGAGGCCAUCGCGAUCCUGGAAGGGUCCGAGCUGAGGAAAGGGCCAGAGUAA